AAAGCAAAAUUAUAAAAGAUACUUCAAUCGCUGGUGCACACAAUAAUGAAGUCACCAGUAAUGAUACCGAAUCAGCAGAGGUAGAAAAGAUUAUAUACUUAGCCUCAAUUAUUAAGGUAUCAGUUCAAGAAGUCCACCUAAAGAUGCUUUUUAUAUCAACAGCAACUGGAACCGUUGAAGCUCCAGAAUUGCCAAAAGAAAAUGAUCGUAUUAAUUUAAAUCUAGGAGAUGUUUUAGAAAACUUAAUUGAUGAUUGCCUUGAAGUUGUAAAGAAUUGGUCGACCGGAUCUAAAAGAUUAGAAUCUAAAAAUGACUACCCUCUAAAGGUUAAUCAUAUAGAGGAUAGUAAAUUUGUUAAAGCCAUAAACGAGGAAGAAAUUGUUGAAGCUAGUUAUGAAAGUGAAGCCUUUCCAGAAGAUAUUGUGGACAUUGAAUCUAAAAUAAUAGGAAGUGAAGCAAAGGAAAAUAUUAAUGUCAAAGACUGGGAGCAGAAAUUAAAUGAUAAUGAAGUUAUAGAGUUAUCUGAUCAAGAUAAAUUGAACUAA